AUGGAGGGGGGCUGCAGUGAGCCAGAGGACAGAGGGAAUGGGGCAGAGAAAAGUGGGAGCUUGGUAGAGGAAAGCGAGAACCUGGUGGAGGAAAGCUGGAGCCUAGUGCAGAUAAGUGGGAACCUGAUAAAGGAAAUCUGGAAUGUGACAGAGGAAAACAGGGGCCCGGCAGAGGAAAACAGGGGCCCGGCAGAGGAAAACAGGAGCCUGGCAAAGGAAAGUGGGAACCCAGCAGAGGAAAAUGGGAACCUGAUGGAGGAAAGCAGGAGCCCAGCAGUCCCAGAGAACUGCAGCACACCACCCGUCCCUCUGGAAGCCACUGCUGUCCUGGCGGAUCUCAGCCAGCCGGCCCCGUCCCCUCCCCGCCCACUCUCCGUGCACUGUCAGGAGGCCGUGGGUCAGAACUGUUCUCCCCCUGCAGCAGGAGAUGCUGAAGCGGGGAUCCCAAUGGAGGUGCCACAGGAGGAGGUUGCCGCAGAAAAGCCGUCAACGCCCAAAACACCCUCUAAGGGUCUGGAAGAGGACAAGGGUCAGGAGGAGGAGGCUGUGAAAGAGUCAGGGAAUACUGGCCAAGAUCUGGUGGCUGACAUUCCUGAAGAACCAGGAAAGGAGGUGACACCAGAUGUCCACAAAAUGACAGAACAGGCAGAUCCCAGCCCAGGGGAGCCGGAGAAGGACUCCUGCGUGGGCCGGCCCGUGGCCUGGCAGCGAAAUUCCGCCCGGGAAUUUUACUCCUGCCCCAUCUGCAGGAAAACCUUCCUGCUGAAGAUCAACCUCCUGAUCCACCAACGUGGCCACACCAACUGGGUGCCCUAUGUCUGCGUCCACUGCGACCGCAAGUUCAUGUCCAAGAAGAAAAUCAGGCGGCACCUCCGCGCCUGGGCAGCCAACGGGACGUGCCAGCCCUCGGAGCUGGAGGCCUCGAAGCCGGAGGAGUGUCCCAGCCAGACCCUGUGCCCGUCCUCCCAACCACAAGCCCCCAGCAGGGACUGUGGCACGGUGUGGCAGGAGCCCGGCCCUGCCAGGUGCUCGCUGCCACCUGGAAAAAUGAUGUACACAUGCACCGAGUGCCGGGAAACCUUCUCCAACCAGGUCUUCCUGACGGUGCACCAGCGCCGGCACUCCGGCCACCACCUCAUCCUGUGUCCCUGCUGCAACCGCAGCUUCACCUGGGUCUCGGACUUUGUCCGGCAGCACUGGAUGCUCAUGGGCGUGCGGCCCCACCAGUGCGGCAUCUGCCAGAAGACCUUCAAGAGGUUCUCCCACCUCAAGGCGCACCAGAGGAUCCACAGGCGGCAGGAGCGGCCGUUCGCCCGUGCCAACCCGGUGCCCGUGGUGGCGGAACCCGCAGCGGGAGACGGGGUGGGAAGCCAGGCUGUGACCCCCCAGGGAUGGGGCGCUGCUGUGGGACCUUGA